CCAAAAAAAAAUUGUAAUUGGCGUCCUCUACACACAAGUGAAACAAUACAAAUAGCCUCUCACCUUCCAACUCUUGCUCAAUACUCAGCUCUGAAUCUCCCUUCUGAUCUCCCUUCUCCAAUAGUUCUAACUACAACCAAGUUACUGGAAAAUAGGAAGAAUGGCAGGUCUAUUCGACAAGCAAGCAGAGGUGUACUUGGAAGCUCGGCCAAUAUAUCCCAAGGAAUGGUAUUUGAAGUUGGCCGGUCUCACCCCCGAACAGUCUUUAGCUUGGGAUGUUGGAACUGGAAAUGGCCAGCUGCUUAUAGUCUUUCAGAGCAUUACGAGCAAGUAGUGGGAAGCGACAUCAGUGAAGAACAAUUGAAACAUGCCAUCCAACAUCCUCGAAUUCGAUACAUUCAUACUCCAACAUCAAUCUCAGAGGAUGAAAUGGUCAACUUAAUAGCCGGUGGUCAUGAAAAUUCAGUGGACUUGGUUACAGUGGCGGAAGCUGUUCACUGGUUUGAUCUUCCUCAUUUCUAUUCACUCGUCAGACGCCUUCUGCGCAAACCAGGAGGCGUAAUCGCAGUUUGGGGCUACAACGACAUGGUAGUAAGCCCCGAUUUUGAUCUUUUAAUGAAGCGUUACCGCGAAAAGAUGUUACCAUAUUAUGACCCGAAAUCAAGCUACUUAUGGGAGGGUUAUAGGACACUUCCAUUUCCAUUUGAGAGUGUUGGAUUAGGUCGUGAAGGAGAGCCUAUGGCACUUGAAAUACAUAAGGAACCUUCAUUUCAGGGGCUUGUGAGGCUUCAUAGGUCUUCCUCUGCAGUCACUACGGCUAAAGACAAGGGUGUGGAUUUGUUGUCUGAAGAGGUGAUUGAAGAGAUUCAAGGAGUUUGGGGUGGGCCUGAUCUGGUUAGAUCUGUUACGUACAAGGCUUUUAUGCUUGCUGGCAAACUUUGAGGUUUAUGUAAGCAUGUAACGUAGGGUCUUGUUAUGUG